AUAAUUUUGCAGGGCAGAUGGCAGCAGUGGUAUCUGGUAGACAGCUGCUAAAGUGCAAAACAUAACCUCUAAAUAUUCGCAGCAGUACGUCCGAGUUAUCAUGUGUUUUUAAAACAUUUAUUUUCCUUUUUUAAGUUAAAAAAGACUUGUUACGUUUAAAAAUGAAAUCCAAGUCAUUUGAUUUAAAAGUAAAUUCCACUGAAAAUAGAACACUGGACAGAACUGCUGAUUUUGCUGGCUUUUAUCAAUCGAUUGAAUCUAAUAAACUUGGCGAGAAACCUAAACCUGAUGGAGUUGUGAAUAAAGAAAGUACAAAACCGAAAACGGCCAAGUUGAAGACAGAAACACCGAUUAAAAAUAAAAAACGGAACAAGCAGGAGCCGAUAGAUAUCUCGCAGAUCAACAUCGAUGGCUCCACUUUAAGCUUUCCUCGAGCCAGUCCUUCUCACGACAUCAAAACUUCCACUCCUAAUUCUAAUGGUAAAACUCAGGACCAAGGUGGGAAAGUAAAGUCUAUCAUGAAGAACAAAGCCCCUGUUGAACAGUCUGUAGAUAGUGCCCGAUCCCAGGUAUCCAAUGGGAAGCCCAAGAAGAGAAACAAAUCUGUCAGCUUUAUGUUAGAUGAUCAUGAAGAAGUGGUAAUAAAGAGAACUAAGUCUGACGACACAAAAAUAAAUCAACAACUUGAGUCCAAUGCUACCGUUGUAAAAAAAAGUAACAAGAAUGUCAAAAAAUUAAAAAAACACCAACAAUCUGAGAAAGAGAACAAAGCUGCUGAAGUUAACAAUCAGAAUAUGGAUGUAGAAAAUGGAAAAGAUUCAUUUGAAAAAAAAUCAAGUAAGUUAAAUAAAGCUCAAAAAUUGCUUGAUGUGUCUCAACCUGGAGAUAUUAAGAAUGUUACUGACGAAAGUAAAGAAAAGAAGAAAGUUAAAAAAACAAAGAAACAAAAUUCACAACAAUCAGAUAUAGAAGUUCACAACAACGAAAUGUCUACUGAUGUCAAAACAAAGAAAGGUAAAAAGACAAAAACUAAGUCUCCUCCAACUGAAACAACACAGGCAGAGGGAGAGCCAUCACCUAAGUCCCGUAAGAAAGAUGGUAACCCUGACAUUGCUGAGGACUUAGAGAACCUGAGCAUUGGAGACAAUGCUCAUACACUGUCAAACCUGUUGGAUGAAAUGACUGUGGUGGACAAAGACAAGCGUAAAUUAUUGAGGAAAAAAUUCAACAAGAACAAGAAGUCAAAAGGUGCUCAGAGCUCUAAGAAAGAGGCUACAGAAAACCCUGAGGAAGUAAAGGAGAAAAUAAAAUGGAAGAAAAGGAAAUGGAACAAGGACAAGAAAGGAGAAGUUAAUGAGGAGACCUUGUCCAACACAUUGAUUGUGGAGAACCUGCCGUUAUCUUUAAUGCUAAAUUAUAAGAAAAUGCUAGCUGAACAUUUCAAUAAACAUGGACCUAUUAAAAAAAUCGGCAUUGCAGAGGUGUACCCCACAGAAGAGUCAAGGCCUGUCUUCACCACCACAAUAGGUUUCCAAAACAGCUCAAGUGCUGAACAGGCACUUGAAGAAAAUAACUCAUAUUUGGAAGGCAGCCGCAUCCAAGUGAAGCGGCCACUCCCCGCAACACAGACAACAGUUGUUGUCAGGUCGUAUGCAGAACUCACUGACCAGGCGAUAUGUACCACCUUUGUUGGCAUUGGCAGAAUCAGGAGCAUACGACAUUUGGUCAAGGGAAAGAAGAGUAUGGCAACAGCGUUUGUUGAAUUCGAUGGACCGGCAGCUGUGGAGCGCGCAAUCAAGUCAGCUGGUGAUGCCAAGAUAGGCGGAAAGAAAAUUCACUUGUCCGAAUUCAAGAUUCGUGCCAAGAAACCGAAGAAAGACAAGAAUGAAGGAGAUAGCGCCGCUGAUGCAGACAGCGAGGAUUCUAACGAUUAGAUCAUAAUAUUUCCAGUAGAGUUAAGUCAAAAAGCCAAAAAUGCGACAUUUGUAUGGCAUUUCAAUAAUUCUAUGACACUGCCGUUGUCUUAAUAUCCACUAAACAAGAAAGUAUUAGGUCUUUACAAUUUAUUAAUUUCAGAAAUUGGAAGUUAAAUGUGUAGCUUUUUAUAAAGAAAACAGCCAGAUAUGUGAUUUGAAGAUAGUGUUCUGAUUUGUAUGAAAUUGAAUUCUCGUGAAUUACUCUGAAGCAGUUUUUCAGAGUAAACGUAGUUUAUUAAUGAUACAACUUUUUGUACGAAAUAGUAUAAAUUUUAUACAUUUUGAUAAUCUCGAAUGCUCAAGUGCUACUAAAUUUUAAGAUCUUGAGGAGCGAGGCUCCUGAUUGCAUGGCGAGCUAGCACCAAUCGGACAUAUCGUUGGAUAAAGACAGAUUUCACAAGACAGCCAGACAGAGUUCUCAACUAUAAAAAACCACGGUGAUAGCCGAAAUAAACAACUUAAAAUUAAGUGGCAUUACAGUAUUCAGGCGUAACACUUUAAAAAAGUAAUAUUAAGGUUUCUAUAUUCAAUUAAAUAUUUUACUCUCUAUACAUGUUUUAGUAUCAAUAUUAUUGAUGUUAUUAUAGAGUUUAAAAUUCAGUCAAUGACUGAAAUGUUAGCACGCGUUUAUUUGUUACAAUACAAUGUAAAACAAUAAGGACUAUAUUCCCAGCAUAUACUGUUAUAGCAUUUUUGUUGAAUUAUUAUAAAUUGAUUCCGUGCGCCCUCUUUAUGUAUUUUGUGACUAUAUCUAAUGUAAUAUUUUUUAAAUUGUUUGUAUAUAUUAUGUUGAAAGGGCUGCAGUACGGGAGUCAUGAAGUAACAACAAUGUAAGAUGUAUGAAAAUAAAAGUUUUGAGUGACGAAUAUCGUGAACCGAUUCGUUGAAUUUUAA